CGAAACAGUAAGACGGGCAUUACAUGUGACGUGACACGAGCGCGCCUUUUAUUAAUACGAGCCACCUUAUAAAAGGCUUUUCUAUGGCAACGUUCACUCUCAACCCGUUUCACUCCCCACAAGGGCACUACGACAAACCGACCGCAGCCAUGGAUAUGAAUAAGCAGCGGAUUGUCAUUGCAGGCGGAGGCUUAGGAGGUCUCGCUGCAGCAUGCCGCUUAGCACGCGAUGGUCACGAAGUCGAUCUAUUCGAGAGAUCACAAUCGCUAUCGACGGCAAGCGGAGCCAUUUUUGUGAGAUCAAAUGGCGUGAGGUGCUUCUAUCGAUGGCAGAUGCGCGAGGCCCUCGAAGCUGUGACUGCCCCGAUCAAAGAGCACGAGACACGCAAUGGGAACACGAAUGAACUGUUGCAUACUCUCAAUCCGGGUAUUCACUCCGACUUUCCGGAGUGGUCGACGGAUCGCCAAGCGUUGCAAACUGUUCUAUACGAUGAGGCAUGCAAGGCCGGAGCGAAAGUGCAUUUUGGGAAAGAGAUCGUCACGGUUGAGGAAGAUGAUGAAGCUGCGUAUGCAACGCGUAAAGAUGGCACCAAGAUCACGGCAGAUUUGAUCCUGGCAGCUGAUGGGAUAUCCUCGCGUCUGCGGUCUCAGAUCCUUACUCAUGUCGAUCCAGCACGUCUCGCUGUAAUUCGGGCGCCUUCUACACAUUACCCAACUGAAAUAGCUACCGAGAUGCUCGCCAACGACGAGAGGACCAAGUCUCUCUGUGAGCAGCCCGAGUCAGAGAACGGCAUCAUGUGGGCUGGCCAUGGCGGAUAUGCCAUUGGCAAGUAUAAUCAUCUUCGCGGCCUAUUCAACAUCAUGUUCUCGAUUCAACAUGGUGCUGCAGAUAGUGAAGCAAGCGAACAAAAGCUUUUCGACGCGACCGACGAUGGAGAAGUCGUCAAGAAAUUCUUCUCAUCGUUCAAUCCCACGGUAGUUGCUUUGGCAAACAUGGUGCAGAACUGCUCGCGUUGGCGCCUAGCUAGACUGGAACCCUUAGAGACCUGGUCAAGCCCGAAACGGAGACUAGUUCUUCUAGGAGACUCCGCGCACGCUAUGCUUCCGAACUUGGCAGAAGGGUUCAGCUCUAUUGUCGAGGAUAUUGAUGCCUUAUCUAUCCUGCUUUCAGAGAGCAGCCAGGACAUGGCAGAAAUCAUAGAGAUGUGGGAGAGAAUACGUAUUCCCCGUGUAACGAGGCUUCAGAAUGGCUCGACGUGGAACUACAAACUGUACAACUCUGGCAAACCCCCGGGAUCUGAGUUGACGGACGACCAGAGGGCGCUACCCAUGGGUGAAGGCGACGGCAACGCACCCUUCAACACUCUACCUUUUGAUAAAUGGAUGUUUGACUACGACACGGCUAAAGAGGUUAGACUUGCAAUGAAAGCCGAGUUAUGAUAGUUCAGUGCACUAUGUAAGGUAGCUUAUCAAAUGAUAGCCUAGUAAUAGUUCUUGAUCUUGCCAAUAAUAACCUUUAGUUCAUGGUAUCGAACCUCAUACUAGUCAGAAAGAAUGUACGACCUGUAAAGGUCAAAGAGAAGGGAUCAAUCCUCCAUCAUAAGCCUAUCAGUCUCAAAACUGCUGCAAAAAGCGCCCAUACCAUCUCUCGAUGUAGUCCUUGAGAACAUUCUU